UUUACUACAUAUUUGUACAUAGUCCGAGUCCGAGAUCCCAUGCUGCGUACUUAACGUCCGAACGGAAUAUUGGUUACAUACUGAACAGUGCACACAAUUAGCACGUGCAUGUUGGUGUGUAACAGUGUAUCAGGGCCCAUAGUAUAACAGUAAGUUGUAAAUAUAGCUGAAUUCUAGCUCUUACAAUAAGAACGUAGAUACAAAUCUAAAGAUACAAAUCUAAAGAAUGCUCAAGAACACGUGCACGCUUGUUCUGCUCGCAUUGAGUGGCUGUUUGGCGCGGCAAAGCGAGCAGUAUAAUCUUCAGUUCAGUCAAACCAAGGAUGUAGGUGAAGAGUGGAUCGAUGUAGAGACCGAGUCAAUCGAAAUUCCUAUUGUCUUGGCAACGACACCCGUUCUGGCCGGUGAUGCCGUGUGUGUACCUCAGGUCAAAGAUGUACGUGAAGGCAUGUUCAAACUCAGGUGUACGUUUACCGGCGGUGAAGACAUGAAAGUAGACGCCAUCUCAUGGGUAGUGGCCUCUGCAGGUGUACAUGUACUGCCCAAUGGCAUGCAGUUACAGGCAGGAGCUGUUCUUGUGAAUAGAACAAAUGAGCUGAUUACACUGUGGGAUGACAAGCGCGCUGGCCAG